CGGAAACAACCAAUAGUCGAUAUAAGCUCAGCUCAAGAAAUAUAUCUUAAAAACAGGGCGACCGGGAAGAGAGAAUCCAGUUUUAUUAAAAUACCAGUUGGAUGUAUGAGACAAAAGCUGUGGGAUUUUUACUUAAAAGACCCCAGUGGUACAGGGAGUGGUCUAAAGAUUUGACUGCGAAGUUGCUGAGCCGUCCCGCUGACGCAGACCUUUUUACAAUGCAGUCGGUGUGAUUAUUCAAAGUAAAUGUAGGCUGCAGAUGUUGACACACGGUGACAGAUUUAAAUAGACAUUGUGACACACGGUUGUGGUUUUAUUUUCAACGGAUUUUUGCCUCCUGAUAUCGUCACUGAGCUCACCUGUGAAAACUGCGGACUGAUCUGUCCUGAUCUUUAUUACAAGAAUGUGUAUAGGUAUUUGACGUCCUGUCGCGAGGUAGGCGGUCUAGUGGACGUGCAUGUAUUACGAUCUGAAGUUCGAUUAGUCAUCGAUAUAUCAGGAUAUAAUACACACAUGACCUGCUGUGAUUCCAUUACUCGAGUUAUGUGUCGUUUGCCACUUCAGGAUAAUGUAGUGACCGGGUCUGUCACACUAUGACACCUCGGUUGACACCUUGGGCUAUAUCUGGCAUACAAAUACAGCUUGGAUUUUUCUGUAGGGUUAUAAUACUAUACGUGCUAGCUGGAUUUGCGUCAGAAUUUGUCGGAGGACAGGAAGGCGGGACAUUGUGCUCUCCCACCUGUCCCCCUGAACUAUGCAGUCGGCAAGACAGCACUGCCGUAUUUGUCUGUAUGGCGAAGAGGAAACUACGGCCUAGAUACCAGCCCAAGAGACAAGACAUUUUGCAUAAUAACCUUCAUGGGAGAGCAGUGUCACAAAGAAAGUUCAUGACAUUACAUGACGUGCUAGCAAGUGCACUUCAUGUGAAUCAAAACUACAAAACAAGAGAGAAAACAACGGACAACGCAAAACUGCACAGUGAUAGAGAUUCAGAUUAUAAUAAUGCUCUUGCUUUCAGAACAGAGGCAUCUGAGAGUAGUAGUAAAAAGCACGCCAAUAAAAAACGUCCAAGUAAUGUGCCGAGUAUUGCAGUACUGAAGCAUCGAAUAUAUCGUCGAAGUGAUACGUAUAACGAAGAAUCGUCAAAUGAGCGACCGGGAAAAGACGGAAACCUUGACGAGGACCCUAUGGCCAGAACAGGAGAAACCCAGUACUUAAUUAACAAUGUUGUGGACCACGAAGACUGGACAAUAAUUGCCAUUAUUAUUUGCGUUGUAGUUGUGAUAUUUGGUGUAAGUUUUUCGUGUGCGCUUAUCUGUGCCUAUAUGCAAAAUAAACAUAAUGAUAAGUUUAUCGUGACGAAGGAAAGAAAUGGCGUCGAUGCGAUUGCUGAGUUUUACCACGAAUCAUACGUUUAAUUUUUUAAAUUCUUAUUUAUUUUACUUAUUUAUUUAUUAUUGUAUUUAUUCAUUCAUUUAUUUAUUUGCAAUACGGGAAGUUUCUAGUCAGGUUGAACAGGUAUGACCAGAAAGUUUUUUUAAAUUUAUAAGAGAAAUAUCUUAUUGCUUGUAGAUAAUAUACCUGUAGCUCUGACACUUCAUCGAUUAACUUGCCCGUGGUCUCGAAACCACCGACUUUUGUGUAUUUAAUCAAAGUUUGUCAAUUAUCAAUUGCUGAUUGUUUCCGAUUUCCUAUUCAUAAAAAUAAUAAAAGUUAUUUUUAACAUUA